CAAACAGCAGUGGCCCAUCUUUCGGUUGAUUGCGAUAUGGCAGAAACGGCAACGGAUGUGCCAACGGAACCUGCCCAUCCGGAGGUAAAUCUGCACGAGAACAGCAGCAGCAGCACCGGCCCCAACGAACGCCUCUCCGAUGGGGAGAAAUUGCCGGGUAAUAUACAUACCCCAGCGGAGGGCUUCAUCUGCGGCGUCGUGGAAGGCUUCUACGGACGACCUUGGACAACGGAACAGCGUAAGGAUCUGUUCCGCAAGCUGAAGCAGUGGGGCAUGGACUCGUACAUCUACGCCCCGAAGGACGAUUACAAGCAUCGGGCGUACUGGCGCGAGCUGUACACUGUGGAGGAGGCGGACCAUUUGACCGGGCUGAUUACGGCCGCACACGAGCAGGGCAUCAAUUUCUAUUACGCCCUUUCGCCCGGUCUCGACAUCACGUACAGCAGCGCGAAGGAGGUCAGCAUCCUAAAACGAAAGCUCGAACAAGUGUCGGAGUUUGGCUGCAAAGCGUUUGCAUUACUGUUCGACGACAUCGAGCCGGAUAUGUCGAAGCCGGACAAGGAAGUGUUUCAAAGUUUCGCCCACGCACAGGUAUCGGUGACGAACGAGAUUUUUAACCAUCUAAACUGCCCACGGUUUAUCUUCUGUCCGACGGAGUACUGUAGUUCGCGUGCCUCGCCAACGGUCAAGCAGUCGGAGUAUCUGAACACGCUCGGAUCGAAAUUGGUACGAGCAAUCGAUAUCCUCUGGACCGGCCCGAAGGUAAUCUCCAAGGUGCUAACGGUCGAAUGUAUCGAGGAGAUAACAGAGGUGCUGAAGAGGCCACCAGUCAUAUGGGACAAUCUGCACGCGAACGAUUACGACCAGAAACGUGUGUUUCUUGGACCGUACAGUGGCAGGUCACCGGAACUGAUUCCACUCCUCCGGGGUGUUGUUACGAACCCGAACUGUGAGUUUCACGCCAACGCCAUCGCUAUUCAAACGUUGGCGUACUGGAGCAAGUGUAGCGUGGACACGAAAAUUUCUAGCUCACUGUCGCCCGACAUUAAGCUUGAGACGGAAAAUGAGCAGGGCAUUUGUGAGGGUGAUGCGCCGGCCUUUCUGUCGGAGAACGUGUACCAUCCACGAUUGGCGCUUAAGAAUGCGAUCGCUAACUGGUUGCCGGAGUUUUUCCAGGAGAAGGAAGCAUGGGGUCCUAUCACCAAACCUCAGCCGGCUGUGACAAUGGUAAUGCCCAUCAUACCGAUCAUACCAUCGGUAAAUACCUGCAUGACGUUAACAUCGACCAGCACAACCACCACGACCACUGCCACGGUUCUGCCGAUGCCGGAGGUCAAUACUACCCAGCUGCAGCUGUUUGCCGACGUGUGCAGCACCGUAACGAAUGUGGCCGAAUCACUGCCCAAUCCUAUCAUGAACUCGCUGGUUUCCGCUACGAAGGUGAUUACUAACGAAUCUCUCCCGAAUCCGGUCGCUGCCGCGGUGAACCACAUUGCCAUUCCACCAACGAUCCCACUGUCCAGUAUUCCGGUGCCGCUGCUAAAUAUGAAACCGCUCGAACCAGAAGUUACGGUUGCGGAUUGUAGCGAACCGGUUAGCAAUGUAGAUAUGGAUAAAGUUAGCUCGAACGAGGAAGGUUCCUCGGCGGAGGAAGUUUCCACCGGUACAGUUCCUCCCCUGGACGGGGAUGCAGUGAUACACGACGGUACGGCUGAACAGCAACCGCAACCGGAACUGCCCCAAACGAUUGCGGAAGAGGAGGAUGGCGUUUCGGGAGUGGAGGAGGAAAAAAUGCAGGAACUCGAUGAAAAUGAGGUCAAGAUGGUAGAUGCGAGCGAAGAGCCGGAUGAUAAGAUGACGGUAAGCGACGAACAAGUGCCAGUUAACCAGCAACCUGGGCUAGACAGUAAAAUGGUCGAUGAAGAGGACGGCAAGACGGAUGUGGUGUUUAGUACGGCAAGUCCUGCCAUCGGGACUGUUCCGGUACCGGAACCGAUGGAGUGUGGUAGCAACUUAACCUCUCCCAGGCAUCAGCUGAAGAGUCACUUUGAUGAUAUUGUGAUGUCGGAAACAACGUCGACAUGUUCCGGAACAAUGCAGGUUGAAAGCUCCGACACAUCGCUGGAAAUGGCUGAAGACAAAAAUGGCCACGAGAAACAGAUAACCGCCGUAGACAUAAUGCUGCUGUGCGAUUUAUUCUAUCUGCCGUUUGAGCACGGUUCGAAAGCGUUGCAGCUGUUGAGCGAAUUUUACUGGCUACGGAACAACGCCUACGUGCUCUGUGCCCAGCGUACCACCAACAACCGGGUCGGCAAGCAACGCACACCGAGCACCGCCAGUGGAAGCAGUCUUGGCGGUGUAACGUCGGACGGUUCUACCGUACCGCCAGCGGGCGAAGAUAUAACCGAACCGCCAUCCAACGGACCAACGGUGACCAAGUACGACGCCCAGGAAUGGCUUCGACGGUCGGAAUCUUUUCAAACACUCUGUCAAAGUAUUUUCGCGCUAACGAAAAAGGUUGCUCGCUGUGCAAACAAGGAGCUGUGCUACGACCUCUUUUCGUACGUUUGGGACAUUGCUAGCGUGCUGUCGCUGUUGAGCGCUUUCGUCAAGUGGCUAUCGUUGGGCAACUUUCCGCCCAACAUUAACUCCUUUAACCAGGGCGGUUACAAUUGGUUCAGCAAAGGAUGGAAGGAAACGUUCAUGUCUGGCGAUCAGGAACCGUGGAUAUUUCGUGGUGGACUGGUAGCCGAUCUUCAACGACUGAUUCCGCUCGAUGCGGCCAACGAUCUGUUCCUGUACAAAACGCCCGAAACGUCUUCCGUUCGUCUGUACACGAUACGCCCGUAUACGUUCAGUGACGAGGCCACGCUGUACGAUAUCUGCCAACGUACGGCACACGAUGGCGAUGUGCUGGAGGACCGUCCGACGGAAAGUACGCUCGCACAUCUGAUAGCGGACCGAUACCUGGGGCCAUUCCUUACGAUGGCACCCGAAUUUUGUAUGGUGAUCGAGGAUCACAACGAGCAGAUUGUAGGUUACGCGUGUGCAGCACUGGACACGAAAACGUUUAUCCGCAACAUGGAACAUUGCUGGAUACCGGAGAUGUGCUUAAAGUAUCCCGAAGUAUUACUUGCACAAACACCGGAUCAGCAGGCAGCCAGCGGCAGCACCGUUGCCGGAGAUGGUUCGUCCCCGCCGGCAGUGGGAAAAGCUUCCCAAAUGGUCCGUGAUAGUAUUCACUAUUUUCAUAACUUUCAAAACGACUAUCCCGCUACCGUACUCGCCAAACAUCCGUCGCUGAUGUGCUGUCGCAUUUUGAAGGAACACUUCCUGGAGGACGAAACGGUAUGCAAGCGCGUAGUGACGGUACUUUUGGCCGCGCUACGUUGUUACGGUUCGUCGGGCGGUGUGCACGUGUGCAUUAAUCGUAACGAUCGGUUUCUGUAUCAGUUCUACGCGAAGCUUGGUUUUGUAGAGCUUCCGACAACUGAACCGACUGCUCCCGCCGAUUCGAACCUGUACAUGGGACGAAAUUUUUAA